AUGACGGAGGUGUAUAACUGGUCUGAUAUCGUUGUGCUCUGUGUCUUCUUGUUGCUUCCCUGCUGUGCUUCUGCUAGGAAGGCAUUAUCGGUGUACCAAUCUAUAUCCCACAUGGUGGAUGCGAUGCCGCAACUGGCAGCCGUACCCACGCGUGAGACUCGUCGUUGGGGGACGUGCGACGGGAGCACACGAUGGACAGGCGGUGUGAGUACUCUCUCGGUGGUGCGUGCAGCAAUAGCCUGUCUAGUUUUGUUGUGCUACGGUGUUGACGGCGCGAUGCCGGAGGAAGGCGGGGAGCAGGAGGUUGUGAAGAUUCUGGAGCUUCGAGUCCCCUCUUUACCAUUGCCUCCUUCGCUUCUUCACGCCGUUAAUGCCGGAUUCAAUGCGUCGCUGUGGUCACGUAACUAUACAGUGGCGAAUGGCUUGCGUGUGAAGAGGAUUGUGAAGGAUAUGGAGGUCCAUGGCGGUGUUGAGGCGAUUAACGAAGCAAUGGAGGAACACGACGACAUUCUUCUUGUGCAGGGACGAAUUGGCGAUGAAGCUUUACACCAUUUGCUUCCUGCGCUUGAAGAACACAACCUGGUAUCAUUUGCUCCGCUCACUGGAUCUAGCAUGGUGCGGAAUUGGAAUCCUCACCUCUACUUUGUGCGUGCUGAUCCCGCUGCUGAGCUGCUGGCCCUCCUCCGCUACGCCGUGAACGAACUUAGGAUGUGGCGGCUGGGAUUCAUGUACCUGCAGAACGUGUCGUUUGGGGAUAGUGAGUACACCCACGCUACAGAGCUGCUAGAUGACAUUGAUUACGAGCUGUGCUGUGUUUUCGCGCUGGAGAGCUCUCUGACUGGCUCUGCUGACGAUGGUGUGUUCAAUGCCACGUGGGAGGAGUUCGCGGCCACACGCCCGCAGGCUGUGAUUGUGUUCGGUGCGCCUGUGAAGGACACCGCGAAGUUCGUUACGCGGAUGCUGACGGACAAGCGCACCGCUGGCGCCUACCUCCUUGCACCAUCCUUGAUUCAGGGGUUGAUUCUUUCAGAAUGGCGGAAGGCUCUGGAGGGGGGUGUUCCCCUUAUUCCCGGCCAGGUCAUUGCCACAGGUACGAAUCCACUUGCGAAGGACACGCGAUAUGAGGCAAUCAAACGCUUCCAGAGUGUGAUGCGUGACUACCUUAGUAAUGAGAACACGGUGUACAAUAGCACCGAGCACUUUCUGGAGGACGACAACGAUGGUGAGACGAUGGUUGCUGGUUGGAUUGUCGGUGAGGUGCUCUGCAAGGCGCUGAGCAGCCGCGUGUGGGUGAGGGACAGGGAGUCCUUCAGACGUUCGCUCUAUAACCAACGCCGGUAUUUGAUCGAUGAUCUUGUGAUCGGUGACUACGGUGAUGAUUGCAGUGCUAUUUCUUCUUCAGAGGGUGGCAUCUGCCGUUGCAAUCAGGGUGGGCGGACGGUCUACAUGAAGCGGUUCGUGGAAGAGGACCGCACUGAGAAGGUUGUCGAAGGCAUAAUUACGUUUCCUCUCUCACAGUGCUACACGAACAGUACUAGUUUGCCUGUGCCGCUGAAUGUAAUAGCUUUCGAGAUGACGGACAAUCCCUUUGCGUCUGCCACACAGCAACAAAUCACGUUCGGCGUACAAGCUGCCUUAAAGGCUCACUACACGAGUUGGCAGGAGCACUCCUUGACGCUAGAAGUCACUCGUGCAGCUGAGGCUGAUGCACAUGAUGUACUGGCGCAGGAGCUAGGGGUGAGACGCAUUCACGCAGUUACAGGUAUCACCACGGACGCUCUGCUUGACUUUCCGAACCUGACGUUUAUCGAUGGCUUGCUUCUGAGAUCACGGCGAAGCAAGUUUCGCCGGAACGUUAUUCACCUGUCCCCGACACUGGAGCAGGAGUUCUUUGUGCUUGCGCAGUUCUUCGGCAGCACGAGACACGGCACCGCCCACGCUGUGAUCCGCAGCAACGAGGGUGCUGCGAUAGUGGAUGUGUUGCGGAGGUCUCUUGUGACGUUUGGCGGAUCGCUGCGGUCCUCUGCGCUUCUGGCUGGCGGUGACGCGCUGGGGGACUACCUGCCACACAAGGGCGAUGUGUUCGUCGUGGGCCUUGCUGCUGCCGAUGCUGCUGUGAUCGCAGAGCACCUGGCGAAGAACCGCGGUGUGCGUGUGCUUGUGCUGUUCGCGGAGGUCUCCUUGUUCUACGAUGAGUUUGUUGCUGCAUUCAAUGGGAGUGGGGUUGCUGAGCGCCUUGUGUUCGCGACGAGCCUGCCGCACUGGGCAGACAUUAAUACCACGUCUGAGACGGUUCAGCGGUUCCACGCUGCUGUGGAGGACACGGCGAUGCGGAAGCCGUUGGCGCUGAGGUCGUUUGCCAGUACACUGCUUUUGGAAACCGUUCUUUCUCGUAUGGACGUGACACAGUUUAGUGCGACCCUCUUGGCUGAUUUCUUCUACAACCACAUCGCUAUUGCUGUGGGUGAUAUGCUUUAUGGACCCUUCGAGGAUGGAACGAAGUGUCUUGGUGAGACUCAGGCGGACGUCAAGGAUUGCGCUAAGAACUACGGAGCGGCGCGUAUUUCGGUGUGGUCUAUGGCCCGCGUGCUGGACCCCGCAGUGCCUGAGCUGUUCCCCGCUGUGACGCCUUUAAUGGUUUACAGAGAACACAACACUGAAGGACUGUCAAAGGAUGAACUCAUCGGCGUCAUUAUUGGCUCCAUUUCCGGAGGUGUACUACUCGUUGCUCUGUUUGCGUCUUUCUGCUGCCGUGGGGACCCCCGUGACAACAACUACGCCCCGAAGGAGCCCACAGAGCCCGUGACGCUUGUGUUCACUGACAUCGAGAGCAGCACUGCGCAGUGGUCUGCGUGCCCCGAGAUCAUGCCUGACGCNAACCCAACACUGAAGGACUAUCAAAGAAUGAACUCAUCGGCGUCAUUCUUGGCUCCAUUUCCGGAGGUGUACUAA